UUAAAGGAAAUUGGUUUAUGUAUUGUUAUGGUUUCUCCAUGUUAUUGACUAACACUAAAGUGUAUGCCCACUGCAGCUCGGUAACGCCUCUCGGUCGGUUUCAAAGUGCAACCCACCGGAAGAUUAGAAAAGCUAUUUUAUGUUAAAGUUCGUCAGGUGAAAGGAGAAUAUUACUGACGAGCAGCCUUCAUGAGCUGCUCAUUUUUGUAGCUCUUACAGUUUUUAAAAUACUUUAUUUUGUAAGGAGAUCGUCUGAAGUUCUAGCUGAGGUGUUUGAAUUCAUAUUUCCUCAAAAUGAAACGAGAAGGUGGAACCAGCGCUGCUCCGGCUUCCUCCACAACCAAGACCAAAGAGGAGUCACACAGGAUGAGGGUUAUUUUCGUCGUUUAUAUUAUAGCAGUUCUGGACGUCACCUGGAUGUUCCUGUCCUUCUCUGUUACCCCAUAUUUGGCAAAGAAACUUGGCUUUGACACAUUGUGGUUUGGAUAUUUGCAAACUACAGUUGGGGUGAUACAACUGAUUGGAGGUCCCAUGUUUGGAAGAUUUGGGGAUCUGUUUGGAGCACGAGCUGCCUUGUCUUUGGCUUGUGCUGCAACCACAGUCUUCUUUGGGCUUCUGGCCGCGGCAAACCAUCCCUUCAUGCUUUUUGUCCAUAAACUACCAACGGUCUUUAUGCAUGUCAUACCCGCAUGUCAGAUGGUGGUUACAGACCUCUCAGAGCCUGAUAAACGAGCCGACGCUCUUUCCAAACUGGGUCUGUGUUUUGGAAUCGGGAUGGUCGUUGGCUCCACAUUAGGGGGACACCUAAGCACACACUAUGGGGAGACGUUUGCCGCCUGUGUUGGUGCUGCAGGUAGUGCCUUCAGUUUGAUCCUCGUUUUAUGCUUCAUCCCAAAGUCUACCAAAUCUGAGGCCUCUAGAAGCAGCUCCACAUCUGAGAACAAAAACCAGAAGGUAUUCAAUGUGGGUGAGAUCAUAAGGCUGAUGAAGUUUCCUGGAGUGAUGAGAAUCUUCCUUAUCAAAAUCAUCACAGGUUUGCCAUCAGGUAUAUUUCAGGUGAUGUUUUCCGUCAUUGUUAUGGACUUCUUUAAGCUGGAGGCUCAACAGAAUGGCUACCUGAUGGCCUACUUUGGCAUUGUUCAAAUGGUUGUUCAGGGAGGAGUGAUCGGUAGACUCACAUCCAGAUUUCCUGAAAAAUCCCUUCUUCUUUUAUCCAUUGGUAUUACCGGAUCUGUGGGACUGGCUCAGGCUUAUAUGCAGACUGUGUUGCAUCUCUGCAUCACCGUCACACCUUGGGUCUUUUCUCUCAGCUUGUUUGGCGUUAUCACCGACACCAUGCUCACUAAAAGUGUCCCUCCCUCUGAUACAGGGACGAUGCUGGGACUGUGUGCAUCUGUCCAGUCCCUGAUUCGGACCAUCGGACCGACUAUCGGUGGUUUCCUGUACAUGAACUACGGCCUCCCCUCUAUAGGGCUACUUGAGUUUUUUGUGAACCUUGUUGUGUUUGUGUAUCUGCUGUACCGACAACUCAAGAAGGCAGAAAAACAUAAAGAAUGAAUUUGCCAUUCACUCUUUCAAUGUUUUACAUUUUAAGAACAAAGAA